UGUUUGGCUUCUUAAGUCGCUAUUGCCUUUAAUUUUUUUCUUAUUUACAUGGCAUUGGUUCCGGAGCGUGUCAAUAUCACUGAAGUCGCGUUUCUGUCGAGUCGUAUUUUGUAACGAUGGAAUUCGGAUGUGUGUUUAUUAUCAAUAGUAUAUUAUUAUUAGUGAGUUACAGUGACAGUCAUGAAAUCAAAAUUAAAGAUUUCAGUAAUUUAGGAUCAGAAAUUUAUUUAGAUUCUAUGCAAUUGAUAUCUAAAUCUAACUACCCGGUUGAGAAACAUUUAGUGACAACUGAAGAUGGUUAUGUGUUGACUUUGUUUCGUAUCCCUGGACGAGGACCUCCAGUGUUACUAGUUCACGGUAUUGGCGAUAGCUCAGACUCCUGGCUGGUGCUGGGCCCGAAUAAAUCGCUGGCUUAUCGACUCGCCGAUGACCAGUUUGAUGUCUGGUUGUUCAAUUCUAGAGGGAACAAGUACAGCAAGAAACAUAUCAACAAAAUAUCGCAAAAGAAAUAUUGGGACUUCAGUUUCGAAGAGAUGGGAUCUAAAGAUUUACCGGCAACUAUAGAUUAUAUUUUAUCUAAAACAUCGCAAUCUAAAUUAUCCUACGUCGGCUUUUCUCAAGGUACUACAAUAUUCUUUGUAUUGUGCAGCAUGAGACCUUCGUAUAAUGAUAAAAUCAAACAAGCGAUUUUGCUAGCGCCGGUUGCUACGAUAAAUAACAUUCAAACUCCUCUUAUAUCACUUUAUGCUAAUAUCUAUGACAAGUUAACCUUAUUAGCUGAAGCAGGGGUGAACGAAGUGUUUCCUUCCAAUGUGCUUGUUAGCACAUAUCAUGCUAAAGUAUGCAAUUUGCGGUCCCCUCUGAGAUUCUUUUGCGGACUUGAAUACUAUAUAAAUUUCGGCUUAAAAGAACUGGAAAGAUUACCAGACGCAAGACUUCCUAUUAUAACCAGUCACAUUCCAGCUGGUGGUUCGGCUAAAACGUUUUUACACUUUUUACAAGGUUAUGUUUUUAAAAGUUUCCGUCGAUACAACUACGGUGUGAAAAAUAAUCUCAAAGUGUAUAACUCCACCCUACCUCCAGUUUACGAUUUAUCAGCUAUCAGUGCACCGGUUACCUUAGUGAUCAGUGAAAGUGACUGGAUCAGUACUAUAAAAGACGCCAAAUUAAUCCAGGAUAAUUUGAAAAACAUCGUAAGGAACAUGGUGAUUAACAAAACAGUAGAUUUUUCUCAUUUAGAAUUUGUUUACGGAGAACGAGUUAGUUCUGUUAUAAAUGAUCCUAUCUUAAGAUUUAUGAAAAGUUGAUAUACAAUACUCACUUGUUUAGACUGAUUAUUGCUUUUGUUAAUCGUAAGUAUAGGUUUGUGUUAAUGUUAGUAUUUCAUCUGUUUAGUUUAUUACAUGAAGAAGCACCUAAAACACAUAACAAU